AUGAUACCAGAAAGACUCAUUGAUGAUGAGACUCAUGAUAGAGAUGAAAGUUUAAUCUUAGAAAACUUCCUCCUUCAACGAUAUUUACCUGGAAAAUUUACAAUUUAUGACUCUUCUCAUCGCUUACAAAUGUUCGGUGAAUGUCAAUGUGUGGGUGGUUUAUGCGAAACUUGCGAACUCUAA